GACAAACUGACGUUUCCCCUCUCAGUGCUCGAGGAAUAUUCAUUGAGGAACCUGUAAAUAUUAAACUGUAAAUACGCUUUCCGAAAUUCGAAUGCACGUGACUUGUUCCGGUUUUGAAAACCCUAGCUGAAGACGGCCGUAUGGGUGUUUACGCGGAUCGCUGCUGAGAUUAGAGAAGCAGCGCCAUGAUCGACCCGAGCUCUUCGGAGGAGGACACCGACGAUGAGCACAAGAAGCAGCCCUCCAGCAAGCUGCCCGCGGCGCCUCCGGGGUCUCUGGCGGCGGCGCGCCCCUCCGUGCGCGGCAAGCCCGACCUGCCGCGGGGCUCCACCGCCGGCCUGCCGGGGAAAGGAGCCAGUCCGCUGACGACGGCGCCGCUGGCCGCGCCGCUGCACCCCGCCACGAGGCAGAGGGAGGCAGCACUAGCGCCGCCGCCACAUGCUUCGUUUAUGCGCAGAACGUCGACGGGCAGCGCCAGCAGCGGCGAGGCGCCGGCGCCCAGCCCCAGCCCCUCCGCCGCCAGCCAGUCUGACAAAGACCAGGAUCCUCAGGAGAAGAUGGAAAAACUGGAAGAGGACAAAAAGCGGCGUCUUCAACUGUACGUGUUCGUGUCUAGAUGUGUCGCGCAUCCGUUCAACGCGAAACAACCCACCGACAUGACGCGGAGGCAUACCAAGCUCACGGCCCACCAGCUGGACACCAUACAGGCUCGGUUUCAGGCUUUUCUAAAAGGCGAAACCCAGAUCCUAGCUGAUGAGGCGUUUCAAAAUGCGGUCCAAUCUUACCACGACGUUUUUCUCAAGUCGGAGAGAGUUGAGCAAAUGGUGAAAUCCGGAGCCUGUUCUCACCACGACUUCCGCGAAGUGUUCAGAAAUAACAUUGAAAAGAGAGUCAGGUCUUUGCCUGAAAUUGAUGGAUUAAGUAAAGAAACAGUUUUAACUUCCUGGCUGGCUAAAUUUGACUGCAUAAUGAAAGGAACCGGAAUAACAGGCAUCCCCGGCGACGAUGACUCUAAGCGGCCGUCGCGUGCGCAGCAACAGAGCCUCAACGCCGAGUGCAUCCUCAGCAAGGAACAACUCUACGACAUGUUCCAACAGAUAUUGGGAGUCAAGAAGUUCGAACACCAACUGCUGUUCAACGCUUUGUUGUUGGACUCUGCGGAUGAACAAGCCGCAGCCAUCAGGAGAGAACUGGACGGUCGGAUGCAGAAAGUCAACGAAAUGGAAAGGAACCGAAAGCUGAUGCCGAAGUUUGUACUGAAAGAGAUGGAAUCCCUGUACAUAGAAGAGCUGAAGUCUUCGAUCAACCUGCUGAUGGCCAAUCUGGAGUCGUUGCCCGUGUCGAAGGGCGGCGCCGACUCCAAAUAUGGCCUGCAUAAAAUCAAGCGGUAUAAUCACAGAUCCAAUGCCGGACCGGACCCGAGUCCAAGGUUGAGUAAGCAGUUGUGUUUCAGAUCACAAGGCUCUUUGGCCAACAAGUUGACAGGAGAAAGCGAUGGAGGAGACGUCGACACUCAGCUGACCAAAAUGGAUGUAGUACUAACGUUCCAAAUUGAGGUGGUAGUGAUGGAGGUGAAGGGCCUGAAGUCGCUGGCUCCGAACCGCAUCGUGUACUGCACCAUGGAGGUGGAGGGGGGCGACAAGCUGCAGACCGACCAGGCCGAGGCCUCCAAGCCUAUGUGGGACACCCAAGGUGACUUCAGCACGACGCAGCCGCUGCCGGCCGUGAAGAUCAAGCUGUACACGGAGAACCCCGGAGUUCUGGCGCUUGAAGACAAGGAACUGGGGAAAGUCGUUCUACGACCAACGCCACUGUCCAGCAAGGUACCCGAGUGGCAUCGUAUGACAGUUCCUAAGAACUUGCCAGACCAAGACCUGAGGAUCAAGAUUGCGUGUCGGAUGGACAAGCCUCUCAACAUGAAGCAUUGUGGCUACCUGCACGUGAUCGGCAAGGCGGUGUGGCGCAAGUGGAAGCGGCGCUACAUGGUGCUGGUGCAGGUCAGCCAGUACACGUUCGCGCUGUGCUCCUACAAGGACAAGAAGUCGGAGCCGGCGGAGAUGAUGCAGCUGGAUGGGUUCACCGUGGACUACAUUGAGCUCGCGAGUGCUCAACUCAUGGUUGGACAAGAGCUGGUUGGAGCCAAGUACUUCAUGAACGCGGUCCGCGACGGCGAGUCAGUACUGAUGGGGGUGGGGGACGAGAACGAGUGCCACCUGUGGGUGAUGGCGCUGUACCGGGCCACGGGGCAGAGCCACAAGCCCACGCCCCCGACCACGUCCGACACGCAUCAUAAGAUCAUGGGAGAUGCCGAUAAAGCACGAAAGCAUGGAAUGGAAGAUUAUAUUCAGGCAGACCCUUGCCAGUAUGACCAUCAUCAGAUGUUCUUGACCCUACAAUCUCUUACACUCAAGUAUAGAUUGCAAGAUCCUUACUGUUCUUUGGGUUGGUUCUCCCCUGGCCAAGUAUUUGUCUUAGACGAGUACUGCGCAAGGUACGGCGUCCGAGGGUGCUUCAGGCAUCUGUGCUACCUCUCCGAUCUACUGGAUGUGGCGGAGAGUGGCCAGCAAACCGUGGACCCCACCCUCAUGCACUACUCCUUCGCGUUCUGCGCCAGCCACGUCCACGGCAACAGUACCGCCACGUUGCCUGGCAGGCCGGACGGAGUGGGCAGCAUCACCGUACAAGAGAAGGAGAAAUUCGCAGAGAUCAAGGAAAGACUGAAAGCGCUGCUGCAGCAUCAGAUCACAAACUUCCGAUAUGCGUUCCCGUUCGGACGGCCUGAGGGAGCCCUGAAGGCUACACUGUCUCUAUUGGAAAGAGUUUUGAUGAAGGACGUGGUGACCCCGGUGGCUCCGGAGGAAGUUAGAUCGAUGAUCCAAACGAGUUUAGAGAAUGCCGCGCUGUUGAACUACACUCAGCUGAGCCAAAAAGCUAAUAUAGAAGAGGACUUAAGAGGGGAUACAAUGGUAACACCAGCGAAGAAAUUGGAGGAUCUUAUCCGAUUGGCAGAACUGUGCGUUGACUUAUUGCAACAGAAUGAAGAGCACUAUGCAGAGGUUUAUUGCGCAAAGUCGGAUAAGUCGGACACUAGUGGUCAACAAAAUGCCUUCGCAUGGUUCUCAGAGUUGCUGGUGGAGCACGCUGAGAUCUUCUGGGCCCUGUUCGGGGUCGACAUGGACCGAGUGCUCCAAGAACAGCCCCCGGACACCUGGGACUCCUUCCCACUGUUCCAAAUUUUGAAUGAUUAUUUGCGUACGGAUGAGUGCACAAAAGGUGGAAGGUUUCACGAGCAUCUCCGGGAGACAUUCGCUCCUCUGGUGGUGCGAUACGUGGAUCUGAUGGAGUCGUCGAUAGCACAGUCUCUCCAUAAGGGUUUCGAAAAGGAAAGAUGGGAAAUUAAAGGAAACGGGUGUGCAACAAGCGAAGAGUUGUUCUGGAAGCUGGACGCGCUGCAGUGCUUCAUCAGGGACCUGCACUGGCCAGAGCCCGAGUUCCGCUCGCACCUGGAGCAGCGGCUCAAGCUGAUGGCCAGCGACAUGAUGGAGACCUGUCUGCAGAGGACCGAGUCGUCUUUCCAGUCGUGGAUGAAGAAGAGCGUGACGUUCAUGUCGACGGACUACAUCCUGCCGGCGGAGACGUGCGCCAUGGUGAACGUGGCCCUGGACGCCAAGAACCAGGCUCUCAAGCUGUGCGCAGUUGAAGGGGUGGAUAUUUUCCAGUACCACACGAAGAUGGACGCGCAGAUAGAGACGUGCCUGACGGCGAUGGCCACCGGCAUGACCACAAGACUGUCGGCCGUGCUCGAGGCCACGCUAGCCAAGAUCGCCAGGUUCGACGAGGGAAGCCUCAUCGGGUCGAUCCUGACCAUCGCCAACGUGUCCGGGUCGGGCAAGGACAUCGGACAGGGAUACGUCAACUUCAUGAGAAACUCCAUGGACCAAAUUAGAUCGAAGGUGACGGACGAGCUCUGGAUCCUGCAGCUGUUCGAGCAGUGGUACGGCAUCCAGAUCAACCUGCUCAACACGUGGCUGGCGGAGCGGCCCGCGCUGCACCCGCAGCAGGUCGCCUGCCUGUCUAUCGUGCUCAAGAAAAUGUACAGUGACUUCGAGCUGCAAGGCGUGAUCGACGACAAGCUGAACUCGAAGGCGUACCAGAGCGUGGCCACGAGGAUGCACACGGAGGAGGCCGCCUGCAGCCUCAUGCUGGCGCAGCAGGACUCCGGCGGCGGCGACGACGGCUCGGAGGAGGGCUCGCGCGGCAAGUCCAAGCUGGAGUCACUCACCGAGGUCGGUAACGUCACCGCCGUCGUCGGGAAGGUUGGCAACAUCUUCGGCCGCGGCAUCGGGGAGCUGUCCACGAAGCUCGGAGGAGCCUCGUCAUGGUUCUAGCGCUUUCUACGGCAUUCCACGACAACUACACCAGUACACAUACCUUACUUUGCCUAUAUAGAUGUAAUGAGAUGAGAUUUUUGCCUAUUUGUUACUGCACUUUUACAAGGGAAACUCGGAAUACUUUACUAUCGUAUUAUAAAACUAUAGGUCCACUUGCAAAGGAAAAUAUUCUCAACGGAUGUAGACUUAUUGGAACACGGGUGCAGUAACAAAAUAGGUCGAACUAUUCUGUGAUGUUAAACUUCUUUUGCAUUCGACAAAGGAUUCCCGCCAUUUUAAUAAGAAUCAAACAAGAUGGCGCUCAAGCCACCGAAAUAAUAUUUUUGAGGCCACGCAGUUAGCUUAGAGUGAUUAAUAUUUAGUCUUAACGAUUUAGAUUUUAUUUUAUGAAAAAGAAAAGCUUUACUGUGUACAGAUAGGGUCUUUUGGUUAAUGAAGCGGAACCCAUGUAUUAGAUGUGUAUAAGAUAAGAGUAGAUUUGAUAUCACGAUUGAAUAUUAUAGAGAAAUAUAUAGAGGUACAUGAGUGCAUAACAUAAAUAUAGUAAUGAUACAUUAACACUGUGCUACAAUAAUAAACAUAUCGCUUGGGCAGAUUACUAUAUACCUAAUAAUGGAUGUGUUAUUGCGAUAGUACUAAAUAAUAUAGGAAAUGCUAUUUACAUUAUGAUUGAAAGCGAUGGGUUAGGUAGGUGUUGAGUAUCUGAUGUGUUCAGUUGGGAAUUUAAGAAAUGGGCUCCCGGUUAAAACACUGUUUUAUGUCCAUUGGUACCUAGAUUGAUAGGUAGGUACUUAUAAUUUGUAAUGUACUUGUACAACAUGUAUGUAAAACUGUAUAUUCUUUGACAUUAAUAAUUUUUGGACCUACUUACAUAUUUUUUAAAACCAACCGGAAACGUUGGCUAAGGCGGAAGAUGUUAUAAAAAUGCUAAAGCUUUGAAUGCAACUUAUUCACUCUUUAUACUUCUCAAAAUGCAGUAUUUUUCUAUAGUAUUUCUAAUUCUCUAUUGUUUAAAAUAUAAAAUGUCUAGUUUAAUGUCGAGUUCAAGUCUUUUUGAUGUAUAUUUAUAGAAACAUACCGCCGAACAUUUUAAAUUGAAAUGUUUUUCCGCCAUUUUAUUAAAAAACAAAACAAUAAAUACAGUGUUGCUAUUUUUUGUAUAAAUUGAUCUGAAAUGGGGGA